AUGAGAAAUGCUGACAAACAUCAGCUUUGCCAAAGAGCAUUUCGUAAUAAUAACCGCCCUGUGAAGCACAUUCUCAAGUUACAGCUAUAUCCCGCGGAUGUUUCUGGACACCGUAAAUUAUGUAGCUGGAGGUCUUCACUGGACUUGAAUCCUGUCGUCUCAACUCUGCGUCUCAAAUCCUCCGACGAAUGUGGCAAGCCACUGGACAAACUGGUAACAGCAGAAAAGCGGUCCACAUGGAGCUUCCCUUUCUCCAGCCCUGACCUGACAGUCAACAAGCCCAGUCUGCUGACCUUUGACCUGCCGUUCGUAAAGUCGUUCCAGGCUGGCGAUACAGACAGAGACAGACAGACGACAGCAGAAAUCUCCGACUCUCUACAGCCGUGGUUUAUCAGACUUCCUGAGCCCCAGCGCGCUCUUCCAGAGAAGCAGAAGUGCUGGAGGUCAGAGGUCAUGUGUGAAAGCCGAUCUGACGUUUACCUCGGCGGCGCUGGGAAGACUGUGUCCGUUCUCCAGCUGAGGAGCCGCGGGCAGCAGCAGCUCGUCCUCUUCUGGAGGCUUCCAGAUGUACUGCUCACCGUUGCCCAUGAACACUGCCUCCUGAGGGACAGAAGAGAAACAGUCUGACGGUGAGCAUUCAUCAAUUAUGCACAUCGAACG